AUGAAGGACGACAGCAAGAAAUCACAUCCCUAUCUCACAGGCAACUAUUCCCCUGUUCGCAAAGAAUGGCCGCUCACUUCCUGUCAAUAUAUGGGCACCAUACCGCCAGAGCUUUACGGUGGACAGUACGUCCGCAACGGUGCCAACCCAUUUCACGUCGACAAAGACUCCUGGGACUUGAAUCCCCGAGACUACCACUGGUUCGACGGAGACGGCAUGCUCACUGGCGUUUAUUUCCAACGACUACCCUCCACCUCCGAAGCCUCGAAUGCACAAACUAUAUCCCCGCAUUUUGUCAACGCUUACGUCCUCACAGAUCUAUAUCUUCAUGCUCGUACCUCUCCAUACUUGAGGAGACCCCUUCUGCCCUCCAUAUCCUCCUUCCUCAACCCGCUGGCGGGAACACUCGGCGUCAUACUCUCAGUUCUUCGUGCUGUCUUCAUCGUCGUCCUCUCUCAUAUCUCUGCCUUCCUCUCGAGACAACAGUCCUAUUCAGUGACGAAGAUCAGUGUCGCAAAUACAUCCAUUGUUUACCACGACGGUCGUGCACUUGCCACUUGCGAGAGUGGGCCUCCUAUGCGUGUACUCUUGCCCAGCUUGACUACAGUAGGUUGGUUUGAUGGCACGCAUGGCGAUGGUGACGACGUACGUGUCAACGAGGACCCCAGCUUUGGAGCAAAGCCUGGCCUUCUUGGGUGGAUGGAUCAGUGGACAACGGGUCAUCCUAGGGUGGACCCGUGCACCCAUGAAAUGAUUCUUUACCAUUCGACCGUCCUCCCUCCCUAUAUCUCCUAUACUAUAAUACCCCCCUCGUCGCCAUCUACCAUACCUUUUCAACCUGCUCACCCUCGCCUCCGCAACGCACCAAUCCCAGGAGUGCACUCACCCAAACUAUCCCAUGAUUUCGCAUGCACUCGGACACAUACCAUCAUCCUCGAUCUGCCCCUCUAUCUCGACCCACUCAACCUCCUCUCCUCGUUCUUGCCCUCGAGGAAAAAGAACCAAGUUAUGCAUUACCAAGACGACGAAUUCGCCCGAUUUGGCGUCUUUCCUCGAUAUGAACCUCACAAAGUGAGGUGGUUUGAAGACGUUGAGGGCGGCGCGUGCUGUAUCUUCCAUACAGUGUGUGCAUGGGAUGAGAUGGAUCCGAGAGGCGAACGAGUUGUCGCCGUGAAUCUCCUCGCUUGUAGACUCGACUCGGCCGCACUGGUGUACUCGGCAGGAAACCUCGCUACUCCCCGAACUCCUCGAGAUGAUUCGACCUCGGGUCUCGCGGUCGAUGACAAAGAAGGCAAAUGCGAGCUUUACUAUUACCGGUUCGACCUUUCAGAUCCCGAUGCCAAUAACAUCACACACGCUUUCCCUCUUUCCACCAUCCCCUUCGAAUUCCCUGUUGUCCCUCCGAGCGCUGGCAUGGGCAGCGCCACGACAUCCUCACGACGGUUUAGGAGCCCUCGGUUCGUGUAUGGGUGUAGCAUGCAACAUGGUACGUUUGGCGCUGCGUUGGGUGGGUCGAACGCCAGGAUCGACGCCAUUGCAAAGGUCGAUGUGCAUGAUUUGAUUGAACGAGGGGCACAUCGACACUAUGAUGCGUCAAAGAGCCGACCUGCGAUCGACCAGCGCACCGUACAGGAGAUACUGGGAACGGCAGACACCAGUGUCGAUAAGGGUGCCAUCACAAUCUUCACCUUCCCGCCAGGGCAUUGUGGGUCCGAGCCUUCCUUCUGCCCUCGUGCGAAUGCAAUAUCGGAAGACGACGGAUACCUCAUCUUCUAUGUGUUCGACGAAAGGCAGCUGGAACGAGGCCUAUCUCUGGACGAGGCGAGGAGCGAGUUAUGGGUCGUGGAUGCGAGGAAUAUGAAGGACGUGAUCUGUAGGGUGGAGUUACCGCAGCGAGUACCCUAUGGGUUGCAUGCUCAUUUCUUCACGGAGGAUGAGAUUCUGGGUCAGCGUGGAGUCCAUUCGUUGCGGUCACUUCCGGCCGGCGUUGAAAAGAAUGACACUGCGGGAUUAUAG